UUUGUAGAUCGCAUUGGAACAUACAAAACUAAGCCUGCAUCGACAUUACAUACUAUUGACACCUUUUCGUCAUUCCCGCUGUCAGUCGCGUUCCGUCGCUACAUUGAAAGGAUAUAUUCCUAUAUUCUGAUACUAAUCUAAUUUUCAAACAUUGUUCCACAAUCGGGGAUAGAAAAACCUCAUGGAUUCUUUACAAAUUAAUAAUGGAACACAUACGUCAAACAGUGAACAAAAGAUAAACAGCGAAACUGAUGCCUGUCCAAUUCACCUUGUCAUCACAAACAAUCCUACUUUAUCCAACACUAAUGCUUCAUUACAGGAAGAUCAGAAAGAAGUUUUAUACAACACAGCUCAUACAAGAGGGACUGGUCCAAUCUUAUUAUCCAUAAGUCUAUGCUUUGCUGCUAUACCAGUCGUUAUCUUUGGCGCAGAGUGGUCACAUAUUGCCUUCCAGGACAAAGUGGCAGUAGUGAUUACCAUGAUAAUAUAUUUCUCCAUUGGAGCUUUGGCCGUUUUCCUCCUCUUCAUAUCCUUGUUAGUAAGCGCUUUGAAUAUCGCAACGCCACAAAAUUGUGCUUUGGAGAUAUCUGAUUUCUUGAAAGAGUUGAAGAAAAAGCAAGUCCCCAAAACAAAUGCGGGGAUGGUGAUACAGUUUCUCUUAUUUAUUAUUUUUGCUUGUGGAUUCACUUUUAAUACUUUUACGUAUGCUGAACAUCUCCACGAUGGUCGUGUUGACCAAACUCUUCUAACAUUAUAUUUAGUUGUAAAAAUUACAUUUAUAUGGACCCAAGUGAUCGUGCUUAUAUUUCUACAAUACUAUGACAGACAGCUAACAAAUGUAGGAAAGGUUCUACGGAUGAUCAUAAUUGUAACCAAUGCUUGUAGUUGGAUGAACGCUUAUCUUUUCGAGUCAUCGGAGAUUUUUGAACAUGGACAGAAAUCCCCUAAAAACACCACGUCACUUUAUAACGACACAUACGAGAAAUGUUUUGGAAAUAGUCAAGAAAUUCAUGAAGUCAUCUUUGCACCAGUUACUAUUGAAUAUACGAUGAUGGCCAUUGGAUUUCUAUUUCCAAGUGCAUUGGAGGAGGUCAAAUAUAGAAGAAGUUGGAAAAUGACUUUUUUCAUAAGUGUCCUUUUAGUCAUCUAUGAAGCCGGUGUACUUGGAUUUUCCUUACAUGUCGUAUUGACAUGUACAGCGAUUGACAACUUGAAUGAAAUACCCGUUGAAUUUACAUUUUAUGUGAUUUUUGUUGCCAUUUUAUUUGCGGCUAUGAUAGGACUUCUUAUCGCAUGCAUAGUUCUGAAACGAUUGUUCAAAAUAAAGACGACCACUGACCAACACUUGCACAUGCAAUCUUUCAUAUUGUUGGUAACAUCAUUCGGGAACAAUUUGUAUCACCUUCUAAAUUCCAUUGCAGUACUGGAACUUGAAUCUAUUUCUUUCACCAAUAAAACCAUUGCCUUUGGACAAAACAUUCUUGGCCUCAUUCUCGCCUUUGUACAAACCUGGUUUCUUCUGGCAAUCCGCAGAUAUGAAGUAACAAAUGAAACAGGGAACCAUAACAACGAUAAUAGACGUGCUUGCAAUGCAAAGAAUAGUCUUAAAUAUAGUUGCUUUGCGCUUGCAGUCAUGAACUUUGGAUUGUGGACUUACGGCAGCAUUGCCGAAAUUCGGGAACCCGUGUUUACAUAUUUACAGCACCAAUAUUAUACAGGUUCUUCGUGGAAUGUAAUUCUAAAACUGAUAUUCCCAUUGACCAUUUUCUAUCGAUUCCAUUCAUCAAUGGAUUUCUUGCAAUUAUGGCUCUAUUUUGCAAAGGACGUUUGAAAGAUGUGAUGGUUGUACGGACACCUUUAAUAGAGACGUUUUCAAUUUUAUAUGAGUAGAUGGCGGUUGUUUCUGGACAAGUUAGAUUUAUUAGAAAAGCUUUACCAUCACUGAAAUAUCAAAUGAGUGUCUCAAGAUCUUAACAUUGAUUUGAUGAUUUGCGUAAUUUUUCGAUUUAUAUAUAAUUAAGCACUGGAUGUUCAUUUUCAAUAUAUUUCAUUGUAUGCGUACCAAUAUGUCACAUCUAAAAAAUCUUUACUUACAUCGACUGUACAUGUAUGUGUGAAUAUGAUUUAGAAGUGAU